GUGUGAGGAACUGAAACGCUUGAAGCGGAUGGAUGAAGAGCUCUCUGUUCUGGUAGAGAUAACACUCUACAAACUAAGGUGAAAAAAAACCAACCAAACAAACAAACAAACAAUAAAACAACGCAACGACACCGCCUGGGUUUCAACUGGAAUGUUUACUUCAGCGUCUCCUCAAAAGGACUUUGUCAUCCGCAUAUGGUGUCUUCUCUUUAAACGGUGUAGCAGUCUCCAUGGCGACGAGCGCUGUGCCCGGGGACAACCUGCCCACUUAUAAGCUGGUGGUGGUGGGUGACGGCGGCGUGGGCAAGAGCGCCCUCACCAUCCAGUUCUUUCAGAAAAUCUUUGUGCCUGAUUACGACCCGACCAUCGAGGACUCCUACCUCAAACACACCGAGAUCGAUGGACAGUGGGCCAUACUGGAUGUACUGGACACAGCAGGCCAGGAGGAGUUCAGUGCUAUGAGAGAGCAGUACAUGAGGACUGGAGAUGGUUUCCUCAUAGUGUUUUCAGUGACGGACAAGGCCAGCUUUGAGCACGUGGACCGUUUCCAUCAGCUCAUCCUGAGAGUGAAAGACAGGGACUCCUUCCCGAUGGUCCUCGUUGCUAAUAAAGUCGACUUGGUGCAUUUGCGCAAAAUCACGAGCGAACAGGGGAAGGAGAUGGCGAUGAAACACAGCAUCGCAUAUAUCGAGACGAGCGCAAAGGACCCGCCCAUGAACGUGGAUAAAGCCUUCCAUGAGCUCGUGAGAGUGAUUCGGCAGCAGGUUCCGGAGAGGGCCCAGAAGAAGAAAAAAACAAAAUGGCGGGCUGACAGGCCGUCCGGAUCAGCCAGGCUUCACUGUGUCCUACUAUGACUGUUUGUUUCUCUCUGGGCACGUCAACCACGCGAUGAUGGCUUGGACUGUUAACACACACACACACACACACACACACACACACACACACCACAGAGCUCCUUAAAUGUAAUAAUACUGCACACAGUGUUUUCACUUCAGUCCAGCCAAUUCAGGAGACAAAUCUUGCCAUCCAGUGUUCUUAAGGUGUGUUAUUAAAAAAAAUGGUUUAAUAGAAAAAUCCAUUGCUCCGUUUUAUGCCCAAGCUCCUAAACCGGUCGUCGACUCAUUUGGAAGACGGAACGAGUCCAGGAAUCGAGCGCCGUUUCACUCGGAGAACAAUUCAGAGACGCCCCCGACGAGGCCUUGUUUUUGUACACGUUUGUACCUUUUUUUGUGUGUGUGUUUUGUCCCAUUAUUGUAAAACGAUCCUUUAACAGCACAAGGAUUUGUUAGCUCAGAUUUUUACUGCGCCACGAGGAAACAAAGGCCUUCGAGUGAACGAGAUGGCGGAUGAACUUUUAUAAAUACCGAGACGGAAUAAACCAUCUAUUCUGUAAGUGCCACUAAACGCAGAAGCCAUUGCUCAAAGCCAUUUUGCUAAUUUCACACCAAAACGCACGAAUCACGUUGCUGGAGUUAGGAACUGCUAGUGUUUGUGUAAACGCACUUAAGGAGCAUCAGGUAACUAGCAAAUGUACUGGGUAAUACAUUGCAAUUUUAGGUGGCGCAUCGUUUAUUGUAGGUGGCAGUCGGUAGCGUUGCUGCAUCACGGUUCCAGGGUCCUCCGGUCCGAUCCUGAGCUCAGGUUACUGUUUGUCUGGAGUUUCACACGUUCUCCCAAAGUUCUCCGGGUCCUCCGGGUUUCUUCUCACUGUCCAGGUAGGCGGAUUAGCUAUGACAAACGGUGUCAGGAUUUAUUCCUGGGAAAGACUUCAGAUCCGCCGCAACCCUGACCACGACGAACGAACGCGUUGCGAAUUGAGGUCGGCACAAAGAUGGAGUUUGGACUGUACAAAUCAACUGUAUCGCGUAAACCAAAUCUUUUUAAGACAUCAGUUUCGGUUUAUCGGCUUCACAGCACAUCGAGCAUGUCUAGUCAUUCGGUAACGCAAUAGUACACGUUUCCCAGAAGAAACCCAGAGGAAUGUUUGCUAAUCUCUUGAAUGUCAGUGAAGAAUCAGAUCAGUGUACCACAAACGCUGUCAUUGCACAAACUGUUCCACGUAACGGUGUAACAGUGUAACAGUACUGUUACAGUCUCCCGUUUUCUUUAUUAUUAUUAUUAUUAUUAUUUUUUUUUUUUAUCUUGUUUUUUUAAGAACGAUCCACUCACCUUGAACUUUGUACUUACAGUAUGUUCAUCUCAAACACACUGCUGCUUUAUUUAAAGCUUUGCUUUUGCUUGUGAAGUUUUGUGAAAGAAUUGUCU